GCCCACCAACCGCUCCGGCCCGGGACAGCCAGCAUGAGCAAGCCGGCCGGAUCAACAAGCCGUAUUUUAGAUAUCCCCUGUAAAGUGUGUGGCGACCGCAGCUCGGGGAAACACUACGGGGUCUACGCCUGCGACGGCUGCUCGGGGUUUUUCAAACGGAGUAUCAGAAGGAACAGGACGUAUGUCUGCAAAUCUGGAAACCAGGGAGGCUGCCCGGUGGACAAGACGCACAGAAACCAGUGCAGGGCGUGUCGGCUGAAGAAGUGUUUGGAAGUCAACAUGAACAAAGAUGCCGUGCAGCACGAGCGGGGGCCUCGGACGUCCACCAUUCGCAAGCAGGUGGCCCUCUACUUCCGUGGACAUAAGGAAGAGAACGGGGCGGCUGCGCACUUCCCGUCCGCCGCGCUGCCCGCGCCGGCGUUCUUCACCGCAGUCACGCAGCUCGAGCCACAUGGCUUGGAGCUGGCCGCCGUGUCCGCCACCCCGGAGCGACAGACUCUCGUGAGCCUGGCUCAGCCCACGCCCAAGUACCCCCAUGAAGUGAAUGGGACCCCAAUGUAUCUGUAUGAAGUGGCCACAGAGUCUGUGUGUGAAUCAGCCGCCAGGCUUCUGUUUAUGAGCAUCAAGUGGGCUAAGAGUGUACCAGCUUUCUCCACGCUAUCUUUGCAGGACCAGCUGAUGCUUUUGGAAGAUGCUUGGAGAGAACUGUUUGUUCUAGGAAUAGCACAAUGGGCCAUUCCGGUUGAUGCUAACACUCUACUGGCUGUAUCUGGCAUGAACGGUGACAACACAGAUUCCCAGAAGCUGAACAAGAUCAUAUCUGAAAUACAAGCUUUACAAGAGGUGGUGGCCCGAUUUAGACAACUCCGGUUAGAUGCUACCGAAUUUGCCUGUCUGAAAUGCAUCGUCACUUUCAAAGCUGUUCCUACACACAGUGGUUCUGAGCUGAGAAGUUUCCGGAAUGCUGCUGCCAUCGCAGCCCUUCAAGAUGAGGCCCAGCUAACCCUCAACAGCUACAUCCAUACCAGAUAUCCCACGCAACCCUGUCGCUUUGGAAAACUCCUGUUGCUUUUGCCAGCUUUACGAUCUAUUAGUCCAUCAACCAUAGAAGAAGUGUUUUUCAAAAAAACCAUCGGCAACGUGCCAAUUACAAGACUGCUUUCAGAUAUGUACAAAUCCAGUGAUAUCUAAGCUCCGAGUCCCCGCUUUUCAGGAUGGGACAGUAUCUGAUGAACUUCGACCCACGGAGAACAAGCCUCAACUAACAAACCCUUCAGGAAGCAUAAACCUGGGAAUGUGUAGCCUUCAGAAAAACAUGCCAAUGGACACAAAACAGUUCCAGUUGCUUUGAUGUGCUGCCCCAGGGUGGGGCAGUGGGGAAGGAAAGGGGGCAUCACAGGACCACCUGAACAGAGAGAACUCCCUGCUGCCACACCCUGGGAAGGGGGCCCCCCGAUUCAGGGGUUGCCGCAGGCCGUGCCAUUCUGCCUCCUACCUGGAAUAUCGGGCUGAACUCUCAAAAGCUGAACCAUCAGUAGAACUUUCUUUUCCUUUUUAGCAUAUGAAGUUGGGUAACCAAAUAGAGCUCUGUGUGUAACAUCAUACGACAGCCUUCAGAACUAUUUUCUGUUGGAGAAUUUAUUUUAAAAAAUAAUGGUUAGGUUUUAAAGCAAAAGUUUUAUCAAAAGUUUUUCUUCUAUCGUAAUACAUCAUGAAGUGGCCUUCAGGACUGAGUUAGUAAAUGAAAGGUAGCUUAUGCCGUGAGACUUGCUUUUUCUCUGUUUUCUCUCCUUUCUCUUUCUUUUGUUCUUCUUCUUCUUCUUCCCCUCCUCCUCCUCCUCCUCCUUCUCUUCAAUACUAUAGGCCAGGCAACCUUGUCCAAGGAACUGGUGGACGAAAAUGAGAUUCUCACCAGGACUUCAGGUUGGAUAACAUCUCAAAAAUAGAAGAGCUUUACUAAAAGAACACAAGUUGAGGGAGGAUGAAUAAAAACAGCAAAACCAAAUAAAGUGGAGGUGAAGGAUGAGGCAGAUCGCUGUCCCGUUAACAAAGUGCUGAAACCAAAGGCGAUGGGGGUCCAAACUCGUGUUUCAGCGAGUCACACCAGAAUAAAUGAACAGAGACAUGAUGUCAGAAGGAACCACAAGGAGAUGAAGGCUAAAAGGUUUCUUGAUUGAUCCAUUGCUAACAGCCUGAGACUCUUCAAUGCCUUUCAGAAAACCGGUUUCUAGUAAAGCCUUGAAUGCGCGCAUGCACACACACACACACACACACACUCACACACUCCGUCCUACACUAUAAGCUGCUCCUUUGGUAUGAAUCUAUACUUAUGGAAAUGUAGAAACAACCAUUUUAAAAUAGCUGCUGUACUUUUCACAUUUUGAUUUAUUAGGUACUAGCACUGAGGAAAAAUAUUCAGCACUUGGACUAUCAUAGGAUGAGUAAAACUUUUCUUGUACAAAGUGAAUUAACUGAUUUGUGAAGUUAAAAGGUUGUACUCAUUGUAUUUACAAAGAAUAAAAAUAUAUUGGAUUUAAAGGAA